AUGUCUACGACUUGCAGCGGUUGUAACAACAAAAUUCACAAUCUUGGCUUCAUGAAAUGUUCCAAGUGUAAUAAACUAUAUGACUUAAUAUGUCUUAAUAUAACGGAGGAACACUUUAACACACUUUCGCAAAAGUACAGAGAUGAAUGGAUUUGCCCAUCAUGUGUUUGCUCCCUACCAAAAAAGAGUAACCUGUUAACGCCAGUGCGUUCCCCAGCGGCUUCCCUGAAUGACAAAUACACAAUGAGCCUCAAUGUCAACACCACAAGAGGGAAUAAACAAAAAUUGAAAAGCUCUGAGCUGCUUUCAAACGAAGACGUCGACUUAACUACAUUAAUUUCUGAAAUACGCGACUUCAGGGACGAAGUUAAAGACAUAGUACGCCAAGAAUUGAAAGUGCAAACAUCAGCUAUUACCAAAUGCUUUCAAGAGAGGCUAGGCGAAUUAUCGAAGACACUUGAGUCUAAAGACUUGGAAAUCAGUUCAUUAAAAUCAUUAGUUAAUCAGUUACAGCAACAAAUCGCCGUCCAAGACCAACACUCGAUGCGAAAUGAACUGGAGAUUAUUGGUAUGCCUGAAGAAAACAAUGAAAAUCUCACGCAUAUCGUUCUCGCUACUUGUCAAAAGCUCGGAGUACAAGUAUCCGAAAAUGAACUGGAUGAAGUGGUACGUGUAGACCCUAAACGAUCCUCAGGCUCAAAAUCAUCUAUGCCCAACUACAAACACCCGCGCCCAAUCAUAGUCAAACUACUGCGACAUAAAAAGAGGGAUGAGCUUAUAACGGCAGCCAGGGCCAGGCGAGGCUUGUCAUCUGAGAACAUUGUAAAUAGCUCACCACAGAAUAUUUAUAUUAACGAACGGCUCACCAAGUCUAAUCGCUAUUUAUUUCGAAACUCAAGACUGCGAGCAAAGAACCUGGGCUUCCAAUUCUGUUGGGUACGCAACGGAGGGAUCUAUAUCAAACAAGCAGAGAACAAACCAGCUAUCCGUAUUCUUUCCCACGAAGACCUGGAUACCAAAAUUGGCCCCGAAAAAGCAAACGAACUGUCCUAA